AUGGACAACGGAGCAGCCACGGACAACUGCUCCAAUGGCAACAUCACUUCCACCGCUACUCCUGCCCCAACCUCAUCGUCCGAAGCGCACGAUUCUGAACGCCGUAAGAAGAAACCCUAUAAGGAGUUGACGCUGCAGGAGAAAGUGCAGCUGAUCCGACUAGCCGAGGAGAACUCAGGAAUGAGUCAAGCGGCUAUUGCUGAACGCUACACGAUAGCGAAGAGCAAUGUGUGUCGAAUACUGCAGAGGAAGAAGGAGUACCUGAUGGCCUAUGAGUCCGCAGGCUAUGCCGGCUCAAGAAAGAGGAAGUUGAAAGGAGCCGUAAUGGAACUGGCCACCAACGUUGGCCCUGUGGAUUCACGGCAAAUGGGAUUACUAAUCCCAGCACAUAAUGAAAAUUCUGGUAAGGAGUACGUUAGAGGUAUUUUAUUGAAUUUCCCUCCUAAUAGUUCUUUUCCUUAGUG